AUGGCCGCAACAGAAAGAAACAACGUGAUCGAGGAAAUAACGCGCCAAUAUCCGUGCCGUAAAUCGAUUCUCCGGAAACUGUAUCAGUACUAUGGCACGGGAGACCCGUUACCGGCCGCACUCUAUCUGUAUGGGCACGCCGCAACCGGCAAAUCGUCCUUACUGGAGGCGCUUCUAUCACAGCUUUCUGGCAUCAAACACGUAACGCUCAACACGAUCGCUGCGUACACCAAUAAACUGUUCUUCGAAACGAUCGCGUUCGAGCUGCAAGGGAUCUCACUGUCUUCGCACAACGGCUACUCCUACGAGCGUAAGAUUGAGUACAUGAAGGACUUCCUGGAUGAACUGCGGCAACUUGACCGAUCGCUUGCGUACGUGAUCGUGCUGGAAAAUGCGGAACGGCUGAGAGAUAUGGACUACAACCUGCUGCCAAUGUUGCUACAGCUUCCUGAGGCCACCGGACAAAACAUCUCCGUAGCGCUGCUAUCGUCACUACCGUUUGAGAAAUACUACGUUAAGACGGGUUUCCCUCCGAUUGUGAAACUGUUCGUUCCUGAAUACUCACGCAAUGAUAUGCAGCAGAUACUGGUGAACGAUUUCGAAAAGGUAAAACAUCAGAUCAAGCUGGACACGCAGGAACGUUUGCAGUUGAGCGAAGCGAAUGACGAGCAGCUGUUACGAUUGGAACGGACGCUGACCAAAGAGUUUUACGAAAGCUACGUGAGCAUCUUUCUCAGCACCUUCUGGAAGGUGUGCAGGGACAUUAGCGAACUGCGGCUCGUGGCCGUGCAGUGUUUUACCCGUUACUACGCUCCCGUCCUGGAUGGAUCGAUCGAGGCGCACGAUGCGAUGAAGCUGUGGCGCAAUAUCGUGAAGGUGAUGAAGAGUGCACUCAGCACACUGUACAUGCGCCUCGGCACAAACAGUCUGGAUCCGGUGGACGGUGUCGAUCAGCUACGGCAAGCACAGCGUCUGGAGCUACCGUACUACGCCAAAUACUUGCUGAUUGCAGCCUACCUCGCCAGCCACAAUCCGGCCAAGGAGGACAAACGAUUGUUUGUCAAGAAUCACGGCAAGCAACGGAAACGGAUGCAGACGGUGAAUGCACGGGCGAAGGUGUCGGAAAAGAUGGCCACUCAGCUUGGCCCGAAACCGUUCACCGUCGACAGGCUGCUGGCCAUCUUCUACUCCAUUCUGGAAGGGCAGCAAGUGGGGCUGACGUGCAAUCUGUUGGCCCAGAUCGCUACCCUCGUUCACCUGAAGCUGCUUGCGUAUGCGUCCGUAUCGGACGGCAGCAUACUGGAGGGUUCGGCUCGCCUGCAGUGCACGGUGGGACUCGACUUUAUCCUGCACAUCGGCCGCAUGGUGGGCUUCAACGUGCGCCAGUAUCUGUGCGACUUUCUCUAG